UGAUAGAUGGCUCCACGGGAUCAAUACGAAGAGGGACAUAAUCUACAACAGAUAGAGUGCUAUGGUCAGAUGAGAGGAAAAUUGAACGUUUUGGCCAUACACACCAUCAACGACAAAAGAGGAAUGCAUAUAAGGAGAAGCACCAAAUAUGGAGAUGAAAGAUACAUUUUCCAAGAGCAGCAUUUCGUGUCUGAUGCGCCCGAAUCUAAAAAGCAAGGGUUUGGACCUAACCGCAGAUGAGGGAAAAGACGACCCCUGCUGGCAAGUUACCCAGCAACUCCAUUUCCUCAUCGAAAAGACCAUGUCAAACUGUUACGAGAAACAAAUCUCCUCUGCUGUCAAAGAUGAAGUAUCACGAGUUUUGCCGUCCCUGACAACAGAGGACAAAGAAGCACUGCCCCGUCCCGAGAUCGCAGCUCACGUCACUGGCACGUUCUCUCCAGGAGCAACUGGAUCAGCCGAGGAUCCACGCAGCAAGAGGGUCCUGGGUCAGAAGAUCCAGUCGUGGGAGUCGGAGAAAGGCCUGGCCUUCCUGCACAACGUCAGACUGACCAACGGGGAGCUGGUAGUCACUCAAGCUGGCCUCUACUACAUCUACUCACAGACCUACUUCAGGCACGCCCUGCCCCUGGGGGAGGAUGAGGAAGAGGACAAAGAUGGGACAGAGGACACGGAGGGCAGCGCCGUGAGGGGCAAGCAGAUGCUGCAGUAUGUCUACAAGAAGGUGGGCUCCUACCCUGUCCCCAUACUGCUGAUGAAGAGCGCCAGGAGCACCUGCUGGUCCCGGAGCGCAGAGUACGGACUGUACUCCAUCUACCAGGCUGGGGUGUUCCAGCUGUCCGCCAGCGACAGGGUGUUUGUGUCAGUCAGCAACGCCACCACGGUGGACAUGGAUGAGAAGUCCAGCUUCUUCGGUGCCUUCCUGGUCAGCCAGUGAGCCGAUCACUGCAGUCAUAGACUAGUGCACCUAUACCAGCAAUUGAGCCUGUCCUCCUUCUUUCUUCCUAGAACUGUGACACACCUUGGUCUAAGGGGAUUGGAGCAGACCGGCAAUGGGGGGGGGGGGGGGGGGCAUGGGGGUGUAUGCUGCCACCACCCCCCCCCAUCCCUUCACAAAGUCACAAGUUGUUCUGUCAGCCAAUGAGGUUUCUUUUUUAUCGCUUACCUCUCAGGAGAGGCGAGAGCAGGGAUGUGUGACAACCCCAGGUGGUGGAUUGUACCUGACUGCCCAUGGAAGGACCCAUAUACACUCAGUGAGCACUUUAUUGGGUAUUUUAGACUUUUCUUAGUCUUCUGUUACUGUAGCCUAUCCACUUGAGGUUUGACACAUUGUGUGUUCAGAGAUGCUGUUCUGCAUACCGCUGUUAUGCGUGGUUAUUUGCGUUACUGACGCCUUCCUGACCGCUUCGACCAGUCUAGCUCUCCUCCUCCUCAUCUCUCUAUAACAACACUUUUCUGCCCGCAGAACUGCUGCUCACUGGAUGUAUUUUGUUUUCCGCACCAUUCUCUGCAAACUCGAGAAACUGUUGUGUGUGAAAAUCCCAGAAGAUCAGCAGUUUCUGGGAUACUCAAACCACCCUGUCCGGCACCAACAAUCAUUCCAAAGUCCAUCCAUCCAUCCAUCCAUUAUCUGAACCCACUUAUCCUGAACAGGGUCACAGGGGGGCUGGAGCCUAUCCCAGCAUACAUUGGGCGAAAGGCAGGAAUACACCCUGGACAGGUCGCCAGUCCAUCGCAGGGCACACACACCAUUCACUCACACACUCAUACCUACGGGCAAUUUAGACUCUCCAAUCAGCCUAACCUGCAUGUCUUUGGACUGUGGGAGGAAACCGGAGUACCCGGAGAAAACCCACGCAGACACGGGGAGAACAUGCAAACUCCGCACAGAGAGGCCCCGGCCGACGGGGAUUCGAACCCAGGACCUCCUUGCUGUGAGGCGGCAGUGCUACCCACUGCACCACAUUCCAAAGUCAGUCACUUAAAUCACAUUUCUUCCCCAUUUGGUCUGAAAACAGGUGAACCUCUUGACCACAUCUGCAUGCUUUUAUGCAAUUAGUAGUUGCUGCCACAUGUUUGGCUGAUUAAAUCUUUGCAUUAACAAGCUGGUGUACAGGUCUACCUAAUAAAGUGAUCACUGAGUAUAUAUAUAGUGAUAUAUUUUGGGAGGGGGUGGGGCCAGAUAACUGUCAAAGGGGCAGUUGUAAUGACUACAACAGGAAGAUGGGCAUGAUACAGAAAAAGGUGGAGCAUUUGGGAGUCCACCAGCUCUUCUGCGGUUGGGACUGAUGUAAAGAUGGGGAAGCAAUCUUGUUCUGUCAAAAAUCCAGUGUUUUUCAGUAAUUGUACAGAACUUUAAAGUGUAAAGAAGGUUUAAUUUGUUUUGUUUUCUUCAUGAUUAUUCUAUGAGUGAUCCUAUUGAGUUCCUUUUUUUUCUUUUCUUCUCAUUUUUACCAUGUUUACGUAGCAUUUUAAUUCUUGAUUUGAUGUGUGGAUGAACAAUUUUGCCUUAUGUCAGAAAAAGGUAUUUUUUAUUCUUCCCAUUCAUGUAACAAUCCAUAGUUCUACAAAUGUCUCAUAGCCACCAGCCUCAUGGCAUUGUGAUGAAAUCACUCGGCACUCCCCACAGAAGGGGACACUGGUAAGGAAUGAAACAGGAACUUGCAGUGCUCAGCAUUGUGGUGGACCAAAGGACUUUGUUUCGGCCACCUGCUUGCGGCAUUGCCGCGAUAGACCCAAGACUAAACAUAUUUAUUUGUAAAUACAUCACAAGACUGUGAAAUUUGUUUGACUGAGAUUUGUUCAAUAUACUUUCCGUAUUUUUCUA